AGGAGUCUGGGUAGCCAGGCAAGGAUUUGAGUGGACUAGUGGUUAAUCUAUGGUCGAUAGGGUUAUAUAUGGUUUGACCACAGUGUGACCAUGUCUCUGGUACUGGUAGGUUUCCAGGAGCUGUCUCUCCAUGACCAGGUGCAGCUGCUGGAGAGUUCCUGGCUGGAGGUGCUGAUGAUCGGACUCAUAUGGAGGUCCAUCCACAGCCCUGGGAAACUCAUCUUCGCCCAGGACCUCAUACUGGACAGGUGGGUACACGCACGCACGAACGCACAAAAUAUAUUGAAUAAGACAGAAAUCAACAUUGUAGAUUUCCACUUUGUAUCUUGUCGGUGUAUCUCUACUAAAGGUCACAAUGAGUCUAAUUAUCAUGUUCCCCUUGGAGAGAAAAACACACUGUCUCACCUGCACAUGUCCCCCUCAUUACACAUUAAACUUAGCAGAGAGGAGUGAAAUUUAAAAAAAGUGGUGACUCUUGGGAGAGAUGGAAAAAGCAUGCGAGACACUGUGAGAGAGAGGGGGGGGGGGGGGGGGGGGGAGACAGAGAGAGAGAUGGAAAGAGAGAGAGGGGAGACAGAGAGAGAAAUGGCGAGAUGGAAAGAGAGAGAGGGGAGGCAGAGAGAGAGAGAAUAUUUUGCACGCACAGCCUGCUCCCUCCAUUUCCCCCCACCAUGUUCCAAGUAAACAAGUUACCCAGAGCCGCUGCAGACCCAGGGGAAAGAGGGUGAGGAAGAAAUGAAAGAAAGAGAGAGGAAGACGGACUGUUACUGUCUCUCUCUGAUGUCUGUGAUGUUCCCAUUUGAUCUGCAUUUUAUUAUAGAGCAUUACCUCUGACACCAGGCCCAGAGCUAGAUACUGGAGUGUCCACAGCCAUUUGACAUGAUAAGUAAAUGGUGCAGGAGUGGUUUGAAGGCUGUUGGAGUUAAGUUACUCUAAAUGGCUGCUCUUCAGAAAUACGGUAUGAUUAUUGCUCUUCCCCUGAACACAGGAGAGUUGCACAGUACUUGACUUAUAUGUCUCAUUCCGACCUUUGAUCUCCAGGAGUGAAGGAGACUGUGUGGAGGGCAUGGCUGAGAUCUUCGACAUGCUCCUGGCCACUGUGUCUCGCUUCCGCAUGCUCAAACUAACGCCUGAGGAGUUUGUGUGCCUCAAAGCCAUCAUCUUGCUUAACUCUGGUGAGUGACUGUGUUUGUGUGUUAUUACUAAGCUAUUAACGGUGCUUUGCUUAGUAUGUUUUGAUGUUGUGAUGUGGGUUCAACCCUGGGUCCGCCGUGGGUGGGAUUGACAACAUUACAAGUGUGUGAUACAAAGACAUGUGUUUUUCUGUUUAUGAACAUAGAGUAGUGACUAAUGUAUUCUAAUCCCCAUUAGUAAAUGUUGAAUGGUGAACUCUGUUUUUAGCAGUGGAUCACAAUAUACCACUCAAGGGCAUUAGCUGUGAACAGAAGGAUCCCAAGUCCUUCUUUGUCAAUGUUUCCCAUAAUUGUUACCAUGCCAACUGUACCCUCUGUUCUAUGUGUGUUGACUGAGAGAAACUCCUGUGUUUGUUUUGAGACGGACUAAUCUGUAAGAGUCAUAAAUACCUGAGCUAGGGGUGCUGUUGCAGGUUUCUGUGUAUGGCUACCUGUUGUUCUUAUUGAUUGCUGAGUUAGCGGUUGCUGCAUUGAGAACGUCAGGCUCUUCUCCUUCCUCUGUCUCCUUCCUCUGUCACUGCCUCCUUCUUCUGUCUCCUUCUUCUGUCUCCUUCCUCUGUCUCCUUCCUGUCUCCUUCCUCUGUCUCCUUCCUCUGUCUCUGUCUCUUCCCCUUCCUCUGUCUCUUUCUCUCAGUCUCUUUUUAAUUUUUUCCCUUACAAAAUCUAUUUUAGGUACAAUAACCUCUCCUCUCUCUCUCUCCAUCUCCUCUAGGUGCCUUCUCCUUCUGUUCCAACUCUGUGGAGUCCCUUCACAACAGCUCGGCAGUGGAAAGCAUGCUGGACAACAUCACUGACGCCCUCAUCCACCACAUCAGCCAUUCAGGAGCCUCUGUGCAGCAGCAGCCCAGACGGCAGGCCCAGCUCCUGCUCCUGCUCUCACACAUCAGACAUAUGAGGUGAGGGGAGGGCACACUAUGUAGGGGAGGAGGGCACACUAUGUAGGGGAGGAGGGCACACUAUGUAGGGGAGGAGGGCACACUAUGUAUGGGAGGAGCACUAUGGAGGGGGGAAGAGAAUAAGGGGAGUGGUUAGGAGACUGGUUUUUCUCACACAUCAGACACGAGAUGAGGAGUUCACAGCACACUACACGAGGGGGCACGCACUCCUGAUGGAAUAAAUUCACAUUCUGAAAGUCAAGAGGCAGGUUACACAAGGCAAAGGAAAAGUUCAUAUUAUCUGCCGCCAGUUACAUUUUAUCAUCACCUAUUUGGUUAUUCCCAUAGAUUAUAUUUAUAUGGUUAUCCCUCCUCACUCCUCUCCUCUUCUCUAUGCAGCAACAAAGGCAUGGAGCACCUUUACAGCAUAAAAUGUAAGAACAAAGUGCCUCUGUAUGACCUGCUCCUGGAGAUGCUGGAUGGUCACCGGCUCAAAUCCCCAGGCAAAGUGGCCCAAGCUGGGGCACAGACCGAGGGCCCCUCUACCACCACUACCACCUCCACAGGCUCCAGCAUAGGGCCAAUGCGAGGCAGCCAGGAUACCCACAUCAGAAGCCCUGGUUCGGGGGUACUCCAGUAUGGCGCCCCCCGCUCAGACCGGAGGCCCAUUCCGUGAGAUACAGUAUGCGUAGAGAGAUACUGAAAUGUAUGGAGGUGAAAAUUGAUAAAAAAUAUAAAUGUAUUAAUGUGCAUAUUCACUACUUAUUUGUUUAUAACUGAAGUGAUUCAUUUGAUAGAUAGUUUAAAUUAUUUAGCAGCAAUCUAUUGAACAUUUAGAAGUGUUCACGUUUUGUACUGGUACACAAUGGACUGAAAUGUACUGAGUCACACCAGGGGUGUAUUCACUAGGAA